UUCCCUGCGCGGCGACGUAUUUGAAAGUAGAUCCGGUCACGAGCGAGCAGAGUCCCGGAUGUUGGCUGUGCCGCCGAGAGAGAGGCGAACUAGCGAGAAGGCGGAGAGAAGCUGUGAAGGGACGCCACGGUACCGCAGGCACACACCGGCGAACCUUGCCCGGGACGACAAGCGUCAAGCACUCGGGACAACUCUCCGGUGGUCACCGGCAGACUGAGGUGGAACAGAGGAGGUGAAAAGGCAGAAGACGGCGGGAGCAGUUACUGUGAAACUACCGCGAGGAUUACGGAGACCACCGUCAAACAACAACAGCAGCGGCGGCGUCUCUCUCUCUCUCUCUCCCAGAAUUUGCCUUGGAGAAGACGGCAUGCUGAUGUCCUGAUCUGAGGGAGUCCGCUUAGACUUCUUCACCAUUUGUCCCCUUCGCCCAUCAGUCCAUCAGCUACAACACACGCCAACUGCUUUACCUCCCGGGCAGUCCCCAACCCGCCCCCCCUCCCCACCGCCCACGGCCUGCCGUCACCAUGACGUCGGAGCUGGAGAGUAGCCUGACCUCCAUGGAUUGGCUCCCUCAGCUUACCAUGCAGGCGGCCAUCCGCAAGGCCGACGGCCAGAACGCCCACGGGCCAGGCAUGGGCAAGAAGAGCGCCCUCCUGGAUCCUAACACCACGCUGGACCAGGAAGAGGUUCAGCAACACAAGGACGGCAAGCCGCCAUACAGCUACGCCAGCCUCAUCACGUUUGCCAUCAACAGCUCGCCAAAGAAGAAAAUGACGCUGAGCGAGAUCUACCAGUGGAUCUGCGAUAACUUUCCCUACUAUAGGGAGGCAGGAAGUGGAUGGAAGAACUCCAUACGGCACAAUCUGUCAUUGAACAAGUGUUUUCUCAAAGUGCCUCGCUCCAAAGAUGACCCAGGAAAGGGCUCUUACUGGGCCAUUGACACCAACCCAAAGGAGGACGCCUUGCCCACACGGCCAAAGAAGAGGCCACGGUCUGGAGAGCGGGCUUCUACGCCGUACAGCCUGGAGUCUGAGUCUUUGGGAAUGGAGUGUAUGAUCUCUGGAAGUGCCUCUCCAACGCUGGCAAUCAACACUGUGACUAACAAGGUGGCGCUCUACAAUACAGACCAGGAAGGGAGCGACAGUCCGAGAAGCAGCCUUAACAACAGCCUGUCCGAUCAGAGUCUGGCCUCCGUCAAUCUCAACAGUGUGGGCAGCGUGCACAGCUAUACGCCGGUGACCAGUCACCCCGAACCCGUGUCCCAGUCUAUGAGCCUCCAACAGCCGCAGUCCCAGUACAACAUGCCAGACAGGGACAAACAGCUCAUGUUCAAUGAAUUUGAAGAUCUCAGUGCCUCCUUCCGCAGCCUUUACAAGUCUGUCUUUGAGCAGUCCUUCAGCCAACAAGGUCUGAUGGGAAUCCCGUCAGAUUCUUCGCAGCAGCAGACUCACACAUCCUGCUCCUAUCAGCACUCCCCGAGCGGCGCCAUUAGCACCCAAAACAACCUGUCUAACAACCAGUCCAACAACCACCCCAACAGCCACUCCAACAACAGCGGUCAGGUGCCCCUGUCCCACCCGGCCCAAGCCCACCCCGGACACGACUCCCCGCACGCGCAGCACCUCUCGCACAACCAGCACGCCCAGCACAACCAGCACCCGCAGCACCCUCAGCACGCAGCGCAGCACCCACAGCACGGCCAGCACCCGCCGCAACACCCGUCCCACGGCCAGCACCCGCAACAGCACACGCCGCACCCCUCCCAGCACGCUCAGCACGGCCAGCACCCUCCUCAGCAUCAGAGCCUCUCCCACCAACCUCAUCCCACCCAGCAGCAAAUGGCCUGCAAUCCAGGUUUACUUUCUGACUGGUAUCCCAAUCUGGAUGCACUGAAAGCCAGCUGUCGUGUUGCUAGCAGCUACAACUGGGCUGACGUCGACCUUUCACCUUUCCAAGGACUGAGAGAAAGCAUGAGGCAAGCGGAAUUGAACAACUGGUCUUUGGAGCCCACCCAGAUUGCAGACCUCUGCUCCUCCAUCAACCAGUUCUUUGCCCGCACUGGUGUCAUUUCGCCACAGGGGGCGGUACAACCCACCGUCUGCCACGGCCCCAUGCACCCAAACAAACCCAGCCAGCACCUCGGCACAGGAAAUCUCUACAUGGACUCCAGACAGAGCAUGUCCAUGAUGGGCCCUCCAGGGUACCCACACAUGCCCCCCAUGAGCAGCGCAGGGCCCACCAUGACCGGACACCACGCUCAGCUGAACCAGCAGCAGCACAUGAUGCCCAGUAGAAACUUCCAGAUGCAUCGCCUGCCGGCUGACGACAUCCAGGAUGAUUUUGAUUGGGACUCCAUCGUUUAGCCUCCGUCUUCUUAGGCUGACAAGGAGGUGAAGGAGCAAGGGAAGGAGGAGGAAGAGGAAGCCAGAGGAAAUGAGGCUAAAAAAAAAAGGCUGCAGGAGGAGAGGGGGGGUUGGAUGAGGAUGAAGAUGACGAUGAAGAUGCCGCCCUCCCUCCAAGGUGGGUGGACAUGUGGGUGAUGGAGGAAGACAUUUUUACAGGAGUAAAACUAUCAGACAAUCAAGCGUGGUGGGACGGAAUCAAGCAUAUGUCUGGACCACAGCUAUAGUCAGCCCCCCCUUGCAGCGGCCUUCGGAAAAAAAAAAAAAAGAGAGAGAGAGAGAGAGAGCCUCGCCAACCCCCCCACCCCCUUCCGGCUUCUAUUCCCUCCCUCCGUACCUCCUCUUCUGUGAUUCAGCUUGUGAUUCUUUUUCUCGUCUUGGCCUCGUGGACGCCUUCAUCUCUCUCCUCUUAGUGUUUUAUUUUGAAAAGAAACACAGGCCGCCGCCUCCUCUGUGAGUCACGUGACCACGCUGCAGGAAAGAAGCGAUGCCCCCGUGUGGCCGAACAGGGUUUUUUGAAAAUGUUGAGCAAAGCCAAACAAUGUGCAAAUAUUUUUUUUUUUUUUUGACUUCUGUUUUUGUUUCUAACGUGACUGCCUUCACAGUUAUUAUUUUAUUUUGUUAUUUUGCCACUCAUCCUAGCCAUGAAAUAUUCUCUUUGGGGAUGGACGAUGAAUUAUCAUUAACAACUUCAGUGAUGAAUUAUGUGUUGAAUACAAUUGAGACCAAAUGGAAGUCCAAGUUGAUCUACAUCGGCAGUGGAAAAAGGAGUUGAGAACAUUCAGAAGGAGAUAGUAUUGACCCACAUAUAAGUCUGAAAAAGACAUUGGGGUGUAGAGAUGUACACACGCAAACCAAUAGAACCUCUUCUCCGCAUUAGGCCUGUCAGAGCUUUUCUUCCUGUCACUCACACAAAAGUUGUUAGCGCUCUGGCAAACAUCACCCUGUGAUUGGCUGGCGACCAGUCCAGGGUGUACCCCGCCUCUCGCCCGAAGACAGCUGGGAUAGGCUCCAGCACCCCAGCGACCCUCGUGAGGAAAAAGCGGUAGAAAAUGAAUGAAUGAAUGAAUGAAGUCAUUAAAGGUUUUUACAAAUAUGGGUCUUGAAAAACAGGAGUUGUCUUAAGGACGUCUUAUGGAUGUCUUAUGGACGUCUUAUAUUUGGGUCAAUACAGUAAUAGUCACUCCAUUAUGCUCAAUUGUUUCAACGGUCACUUCCUCCCAAUCCACAGAAAAGGUUGAACUUCUGCUCCGUUAUUCUGCUCCUGGACGCUGGUCGACCCCC